AUGCAGCAACUUCGGAUCCUUCGGGCCAUGGACGCCAUCGAGCGCCAAACCUGCGUCAGGUUCAGCCCCCUCGGCGCUCAGGCCACGUUCCUGUCGGUGCUCUCCAACCAGGAAGAACUCUGCUGGUCCUUCCUCGGAUUCCCACAGUGCUUCUUCCACGGCAUCCUGGUGCACGAGCUGCUGCAUGCCAUCGGCCUGCUCCUAAUGCACCAGCGCUCCGACAGGAACGACCACGUGCACGUCUACAAAGAGAACAUCAAGAGGGACGAAGUCUUGAGCUUCGUGAUAAUGUACUCCGAGACGUAUGGCCUCCCGUACGACCUCAGCUCCGUCAUGCACUACAGAAACCAGACAUCAUAA